UUUAUUUAAAUAUAUUUAAAUAAAUCAUUAACAAAAUACAAUUAUAUAUAUAUAAAAUAUAAAUAUAGAUAAAGAAAUAAAAUAAAUAAAAUAAAUAUUUUAUUUAUAAUUUUAUAAAAAAAAUAAAUAAAUUUAAUAAAUUAUCUUUUUAAUAAUAUAUAAAAUGUUAAAAAUAUUGACGGUAAUAUUAUUAGGAUUUUUAUUAUUAAAAUUAAUAAAAUGCGAACUUAUAAAAGAGCUGAUUAAAAUUGAUGAAUAUGACGACGUUGAGUCAAAGGGAAAUAUAAUUUAUAAAACCAAUUCAAAUAAUUAUGUUAUAUUUUCAUCAUUUGAAGGAAAUCUAUAUAAAAUGCAAGUCAAUAGUAGGGAAAUUGAAGUAAAAAGAAAUUUCAAAAGUUUGUUUUAUUUAAAUCAAAAGAGUAGUGGUUUUUUUGAUGAAGUUAAUAAUAUAUUUUAUUUAGCAACUCAAACAAAUUAUACUUCCAUUCAAAUAUCAGUUUUUAAUUCUUUAAAUUUAAACUAUAUAAAUUCCUUUUUUAUUUAUAAUGAAAUGUUACCUUUUAUUGAUAAUUCCCUCACACUUGAUGAUAAUAAUCAAAUAAUAUUAAUCACUCCCAAUAAUAUAAUCAAAAUUGAAAUGGAAAUAAAUUAUUGAAAUAAAGGCCAAGCUAAAUUAAAAAUAAUUAAAAAGCAAUUAUUGGCAUCAGAAUGUAUAAUCCCCAGUUCCAGUGUUUUAAAUUUAGAUAGAAA